AUGAGCUCCCCAGCGCAAGAUGUAAACGACGCGCCGACAGUAGACAAGUCUGAGGAAGCACCAAAGGACAGCAGUUCACGGCCGCAGGACGACCAAGCGAACUCGAGUCAAGAUCCCAAGCCUGACGCGCCUGCGUUGCCCGCCUCGGACAGUCCAAAGACGGCGGAGACGGUUGUAGACGAGCCAAAGGCUUCAGAAACACAGGCAGCGCUAGACGUCAAGCACGCGCCAGCAGCAGCAGCGACGGCAGUCCCCGCGUCGGCGCCAGAGACGACGGCGAGCAACAGCGAGAAAGCAAAGCCAGCGCCGAGCACACACUCAAAGACAUCAUCGCUGACAAAAAGCCUCCUCAACAGCAAGGUGUUUGCGAAGAAAACAAACGGAGAUGUCUCGAAACGCCAGGCUUCAGAGCCCGGAGCGACGGCAAGCAAGGCGCAUACGGGCACAAAACCUGCAGAAUUGAAGCAGAAGAAACCGAAGAAGAGAAAUGGCAUCCUCAGGUUCUUCAAUUCGUGCUGGAAUCCGUCUCCACAUUCGGUGCUCGAAAGCACGGACAAAUCGUCGCCUACCGCGACGUCGUUUGUGACCAAAGACAAGCCGCUGUCUACAUCUGUCUCGCAGGAGAAUGAGAAAAAACCGGAAGCGCAGCCCAAAGAGGCGUCGGCUUCGACAGCAGAUGCGCAACCCCCGCCGUCAAAGGCUGAUUCCACUACGGCGACUGCCGAUGGUACAACCGUGGAUGUUGUGGUGCCACCUACACAUCCAGGUGUACUUCCAGAGGCGGAGACAGAGGGCGUGACCUCUGGUGCUGUACAGGUCCCAGGAUCGACAGGCCUGGAAGCAGACGAAUCGGAAGCGAGUGCGACGGAUGAUGAACGAGCUCGACAUUUGGAAGAAGAAGACGAGGAGGAGCGGCUAAUCAUGAAUGGCGGGAAUGGUAUACCGAUAGGACCCGAUGGACAAGAAAUGCCCCUCCUACCUCCCUUGGCACCUGCACACAAGGGCCGCAAAUGUCUUGUACUCGACUUAGACGAAACCUUGGUACACUCGAGCUUCAAGCUAAUUCCUCAAGCAGACUAUGUCGUACCCGUCGAGAUUGAAUGGCAAUGGCACAAUGUCUAUGUGAUCAAGCGACCGGGGGUCGAUGCAUUCUUAAAACGAAUGGGCGAGCUGUACGAGGUCGUAGUCUUCACAGCCAGUUUGAGCAAGUACGCGGAUCCGGUGCUCGACAAACUGGACGUUCACAAAGUCGUCGCCCAUCGGCUAUUCCGAGAAAGCUGUUACCUUCACAAGGGUAAUUAUGUCAAGGAUCUCAGCCAACUUGGAAGACCGAUAGGAGACACCAUCAUCCUCGACAAUUCUCCUGCAUCCUACAUAUUCCAUCCGAACAAUGCUGUUCCUGUAUCUUCCUGGUUCAACGACCCCCACGACACCGAGUUGACGGACAUGUCGCCGUUCCUUGCCGAUCUCGCAACGGUUGCAGACGUCCGUGGUGUUCUUGACGGUGGUGUAUAA